CCCCAGAGAGAGAGAAUAAAAUCUAAACUUUCAGGAACUCACUGCAGCUGCUGGCUUCAUGGUGUCUGCUUGACUCCCAGGAACCUCGGUGUGAUGCUCAGGACAUGGAACCAAACUAACUCUUGAAUGCUCUUUUGCCUCAUUUGCAUCGUGUGGCUGAAUUUCUUCUCUGCCACCAGAACUCCAGCAUUCAGAGCAGAGCCCGUUGGAGACGUGAAGGAGCUACACUGUGAGGGAAGUCAUGCUGCCCUCUCUGCACUGGCUGCUGCUGCUGUCGGGGCUUCAGGGUCUGUGGGCUCAGGACUAUGAAGAAGACUACGAAGAGGAGGUGGUGGCCCCUAAGAAGAAGAACAAACUCUACUCACCCAAUUCCAUAUCGCAAAAUGGCAAAUCUCUCGUGAAUGAGGACUGUGGUUUGGAGUUGGCCUUCUUGAUCGACAGCUCGGAGAGCGCCAAGGACAACCAUGCCCAGGAGAAGCGCUUCGCCUCGGACGUGAUGGACCGACUGCAGGGCCUGAGGCUGCAGACCGGCCGGGGCCUCAGCUCCAGAGCCGCCCUCCUCCAGUACAGCAGCCACGUGAUCAUCGAGCAGACCUUCAAACAGUGGAGGGGCACCGAGGACUUCAAGGCCCGGAUAGCCCCCAUCACCUACAUCGGCCACGGCACCUACACCACCUACGCCAUCACCAACCUGACCCGCAUCUACCUGGAGGAGUCCGACACCAGCAGCAUCAAGGUGGCCGUCCUGCUCUUCGAUGGCAUCUCCCACCCCAGGAAUCCGGACAUAUUUUCAGCCGUGGCCGACGCCAAGAACCAGGGCGUCCGUUUCUUCACCAUCGGGAUCACGCCUGAGGCCAACGAGCCGGCUAACGUGGCCCAGCUAAGGCUGAUCGCCAGCUCCCCGGCUUCCCGCUACCUGCACAACCUGCAGGACAGAGGCAUCGUGGACAAAGUCAUCAAGGAGAUUACGGCCCUGGCGGAUGAAGGGUGUCCUCUGGCCCAGAGCAAGUGUGCAUGUGAGAAGGGUGAGAGGGGACCCAGUGGCCCUGCAGGGAAGAAAGGUCGUCCUGGGGAGGAUGGAAGCCCUGGUCCUAAAGGACAGAAGGGAGAGGGCGGUCUGAGUGGACUUCCAGGACGGGAAGGAUCAGAGGGAAAGCCGGGAUACAAAGGAGAGAAGGGAGAGAGAGGCGAGUGUGGCACACCUGGAAUUAAAGGAGACAGAGGUCUUGAAGGCACCAUUGGCCCCAGAGGAAACCGUGGACUUCAGGGUUUGCCUGGACCACCUGGUGAUAUCGGACCUGAGGGUGUGAUGGGUAGAAAAGGGGAAAGGGGACUUCCUGGGCCACCUGGAAUCCAAGGGGAAACAGGGAUCGGCCUUCCGGGACCCAAGGGUGACGUUGGUUUCCAGGGGCAACAAGGGCUUCCCGGUCCUCCUGGGCUUGGCGAGGCUGGACCACCGGGACCUCAAGGGCCACAGGGAGUCCAAGGAGAGAGAGGACCGACAGGAGAAGGUCUCCCCGGACCCAAGGGAGAGCGAGGACUGGAGGGGCCACGGGGGCCCAGAGGACAGCCGGGCGCCGGAAUCAAAGGAGACAAGGGGGAUUUUGGCCCCCCAGGUCUUCCAGGGCCCCUCGGCCUAACAGGACAAGGCAUACAGGGCGAGAAGGGCACGGAGGGUCCCAGAGGGCCACCAGGCAGCAGAGGCCCACCAGGGGAGGGCAUGCCCGGACCUAAGGGUGACCAGGGGUUGCCAGGUGAGGUUGGUGCCCCAGGAGAAAGAGGGGCUGGAGACCCUGGAGCUAAGGGCGAGCCGGGAUCACAAGGAAUGUCGGGUUUGCCAGGGCUGCCGGGGGAGGACGGAGCUCCCGGACAGAAGGGUGAACCGGGAGCCGUCGGCCUCCGGGGGCUGGAGGGGGCACCUGGAAUUGGCACCCAGGGUGAAAAGGGCGACCAAGGCCAAAGAGGAAUAAGAGGUUUGACUGGUCCGCCUGGCAUCGCUGGACCUUCAGGACCAAAGGGGGAACCAGGGGCACAAGGCAGAGUGGGUUCUCCUGGUCCACCAGGACGCUUCGUCAGUGGGCCCAAGGGUGAUGCUGGUCCAAGUGGUCCUCCAGGUCCGAUUGGGGAGACGGGUUAUGGACUUCCUGGUCCGAAGGGGGAUCGAGGAGAUCCAGGCCCUGCAGGCCCGUUUGGUCCCAAAGGAGACGGUUAUCCCGGCCCCAUGGGUCCUCCUGGUCUACCUGGACUCCAAGGAGAGCCUGGACCGGAAGGAGCGGGAAUCCCUGGACCAAAGGGCGAUAUUGGAUUCCGAGGGCUGCCUGGUUUACCUGGACCUCCAGGAGAAGGCCUUCAAGGACAGCCGGGUAACCCGGGUCGACCUGGUCCACCAGGGCCAAUGGGGCCUCAAGGACAAGGAGUUCAAGGGCCAAAGGGUGAACAGGGUCCCCAGGGCGUGGCAGGGCCGAGGGGGCUCCCUGGAGAAGGCUUUCCUGGAGCUAAAGGUGACCGAGGCUCGGCAGGGGAGAGGGGCAUGAAGGGAACCAAAGGGGAUCUGGGAGACGCUGGAAUCCCUGGACAGCCUGGUCGCCAAGGUAUCAAAGGUGAAGCCGGCCUCACUAGAGAGGACAUCAUUCGAAUGAUCAAAGAGAUCUGCGGAUGUGGGAUCAAAUGUAAGGAGAGGCCCAUGGAGCUGGUGUUUGUCAUCGACAGCUCGGAGAGCGUGGGCCCGGAGAACUUUGAGAUCAUCAAGGACUUUGUGAACGCUCUGGUGGACCGGGUGACGGUGGGACGCAACGCCACCAGGAUCGGCCUGGUCCUCUACAGCCUGGAGGUCAAACUGGUCUUCAACCUGGCCCGCUACGUCACCAAGCAGGACAUCAAGCAGGCCAUCAGGAACAUCCCAUACAUGGGAGAAGGCACGUACACCGGCACCGCCAUCCGCAAAGCCACACAGGAGGCCUUCUACAGCUCACGGCUGGGAGUCGGCAAAGUGGCCAUCGUGAUUACCGACGGGCAGACGGACAAACGGGAGCCAGUGAAGCUGGACAUCGCUGUGAGAGAAGCUCAUGCUGCCAACAUCGAGAUGUUCGCUCUGGGGAUCGUGAACACCUCAGACCCGACCCAGGCAGAGUUCCUGAGGGAGCUGAACCUGAUCGCCUCCGACCCCGAUGCUGAGCACAUGUUCCUCAUCGAUGACUUCAACACUCUGCCUGCUCUGGAAUCCAAGCUAGUGAGCCAGUUCUGUGAAGACGAGAACGGAGCCCUGAUCUACAAUAGAAUAACCAACGGCUACAACGGCUACGGGAACAACGGCAACAGGAACGGCUUCAACGGGAACUACGCCAUCAGUGGCUACGGGUACAGACCUGCACCCGAACAGGAAGCAGGUCGAGUGGAGGGCAGCCAGCAGGGCGGCAGAGGCUCCAGCACAACACAAGGAGGAGGACGCCAGCAGGUGUUCACAGGAACUACAAACUAUGGAACCGAGCGCGGGGACACAUUUAACCGCAACACCUCUGACUACAUUCCAGUCCCCACUUCCAGAGAGGACUCCUCCAGCAGACGAGGCUCCUCUUCAUCUUCAUCCUCUACUAAUAUAACCACAUCCUCCUCCAGUGUAUCGGUGCAGUACGUUCCUGCUCCACGGCCGGCUCUUCCCAAAGAGUCGGCCCCUCUGGACCCCCGCUGUGGCCUGGUUCUGGACCAGGGCACGUGUCGGGACUACAACAUCCGCUGGUACUACGACCGGCAGGCCAACGCCUGCGCCCAGUUCUGGUACGGAGGCUGCAGCGGCAACAGGAACCGCUUCGACACGGAGGAGGAGUGCAAGAGGACGUGUGUGGUUUCCAGAUCCACCGGAGGCUGAGGGAAGGCGUCUGUCGUACAUCUGCUGUAGAGACUCCAAGGAGGGGCAGCUAGAAGCACUCAUUCUCCACAGGGUUGUAAAGUUCUUUUCAUAAAUCUCAGGCAUGUUCCACAUCUCCACUACAUCCCGUCCUUAUGCCCUGUCCUCCAGCACUUCUAGUCCAAUAAUCCUGGACAGACACCUCCGUUGUUUUUCCUCCACGUCUUCUACUCAGGAAUACAGAUGAGCACUGCAGUCUAAACUUCACACACAACCCAUGAAACCUCCAAACAAAUCAGAUUAAAGCUCCCUGCAGCUGCUCUUCCCUCUAUUAGUGUUUAAUCCACACAACCUCAAGCCCCUUAUAUACAUCAAAUAUAUGUGUAACUUCCAUUUUGUGUGUAUGAAUGUGUUUUCUUAGAUUUCUUAAAUGAAAAAAUGUGAUGUUUUGUAAGCUUCUAACACGGAUGGACCCACACACACUUACACUGCCCUCUACUGGUGGAGCUGAAUCAUUAACUCAGCAGCUGAACUGACUGCAUCCAUAAACACUGUAAGAUGUCAAACAUUUUAAUAAAUCUGAUCCUAACUAA